AUGGUUCACUGUGCUGGCUGCGAAAGGCCUAUUCUUGAUAGGUUUUUACUCAAAGUUUUGGACAGACCGUGGCACAUCAAAUGUGUUCAGUGCUGUGACUGCAAAUGCAAUUUGACAGAGAAAUGUUUUUCACGAGAGGGGAGACUGUACUGUAAGAAUGACUUCUUUAGGAGGUUUGGCACAAAGUGUGGAGGUUGCGCCCAGGGGAUUUCACCCAAUGACCUGGUCCGGAGAGCCAAGAGCAAAGUGUUUCACCUGAACUGUUUUACCUGUGUGAUGUGUAACAAACAGCUGUCAACCGGAGAGGAACUGUACAUCCUGGACGAAUUCAAGUUUGUUUGUAAAGAGGACUACCAAAACAACAAUGGGAAGGACACAAUCCUGCUCUCAGUUACGACGUGCAGCGACCCAAGUUUGUCUCCAGACUCCCAGGACCCGCAGGACGAUGGCAAAGACUCAGAAGCGGGGCAUUUAUCAGAUAAAGAGGCGUGCAACAACGAGAACGACGAGCAGAGCGUGGCUGGGAAAAGACGCGGGCCGCGGACCACAAUAAAAGCCAAGCAGCUGGAGACGCUCAAAGCGGCUUUUGCGGCCACUCCAAAGCCCACCAGACACAUCAGGGAGCAGCUGGCUCAGGAGACCGGCCUCAACAUGAGAGUGAUCCAGGUUUGGUUCCAAAACCGGAGGUCUAAAGAGAGGCGGAUGAAACAGCUGAGCGCUCUGGGCGCCCGGAGACACGCGUUUUUCCGCAGCCCAAGAAGGAUGAGGGCGAUGGGGGACAGACUGGAGCCAGGGGAGCUCGGACACUUCUCUUAUUAUGGAGAUUAUCCCGGUGAAUUUUAUGGCUCAGGAGGAAAUUAUGAGUAUUUCCAAGGUCCUCCAUCAUCCCAGGCCCAGACACCAGCAGACCUCGGCUUUGUGCCCUCCUCCGUCCCCGCUGGCACGCCUCUAGGAGCCGUGGACCCUCACCAUCCGGGACACCACUGUUCUGGAGAUGUGCAGUGUUUCUCUGACAUUGUGUCUCACCACCCGGCGGACUCGCCUAGUCCAGAGCCCAACGGACCAGGAUCAAUGCACAGCAUCUCCCGCGAGAUGUGUGGGCCCAGCACGCCCUUCACCACCCUGUCCCUCAGUGACAAUGGAUACACCAACCAGCUGUCUCAGCCCUCCUCAGAGAUGAGUGAAGGCACAGUCUGGUAG